AUGAAGCUCUUACCCCUGGUGGCGUUGGCCUGGUGUUUGGCCAUCCCCCCAGCGCAGGCCGGCAAGGUGAGAAAGAGGGGCUGGGAAGACUCUGAAGACAUCCGGUGCAAAUGCAUCUGCCCACCAUAUCGUAACAUCAGUGGACACAUUUACAACCAGAAUGUGUCACAGAAGGACUGUAACUGUUUGCACGUGGUGGAGCCAAUGCCUGUGCCCGGCCACGAUGUGGAGGCUUACUGCCUGCUGUGUGAGUGUAAAUAUGAGGAAAGAAGCACCACCACCAUCAAGGUCAUCAUCGUCAUCUAUCUGUCUGUGGUGGGUGCCCUGCUCCUGUAUAUGGCCUUCCUCAUGCUGGUAGAUCCUUUGAUCAGAAAGCCAGAUGCCUACACUCAGCCGCUGCACAAUGAGGAGGACAAUGAGGACGCCCGUUCGCUGGCCGCAGCCGCUGCCCCCCUGACAGGACCCCGAGCUAACACAGUGCUGGAACGGGUAGAGGGUGCCCAGCAGCGAUGGAAGCUGCAGGUGCAAGAACAGAGGAAGACGGUGUUUGAUCGCCACAAGAUGCUCAGCUAG